UCGCGAGACUGGCGCGCUAUAGCUCCGAGAGUUUUUCCAGGUCAACAUUGAUAAAUUGACAGCUGAUUGAUACAAAUAUCCGCCGCUGACAAGCGAGUAGGCUGUCUGAAUGGCUAAGGUGGAGCUGUCGCCGCUGCGGUCGUGGGACGACUUCCUCCCCGGCUGGGAGCGCUUCGGCCGGCCGGACACGCGAGAUCUGACCCGCUGGAGCAACAGGGUCGUCAGCAACCUGCUGUAUUACCAGACUAAUUACCUGGCUCUGGCCGGCGCUGCCUUCCUCACCGCAGGGUUGGUGAACCCUGUGGAGAUGUUCACGGCCCUGGUCGUGGUGUCAGGCGUCAGUCUGGCUUCCCUCUGGGCCGGACAGAACAGAACUGCAAUAAGCACCUGGCAGAGGCAGAACCCCGCCGCCUUUGUGAUCGCGGCGGUCGUGGCCGUCUACACACUGAUCUUUGUUCUGGGGAGCCUGCUGGUGUUCAUGCUGGCAGUCACCUUACCUCUGUCUCUGGUAUUUGCACAUGCCUCCUUUCGGCUCCGAAACAUGAAGAACAAACUGGAAAACAAGAUAGAAUGUGCCGGACUGAAGAGGUCACCGAUGGGCAACAUCUUGGACUUCCUGUUUCAGCAAGAGCAGAACUUUCAGAAGAUCCAGACCUUUCUGGACGGAAAGCGGCAGGAGUGAGAAGCACGUGUCCAGAUUUUGACUAAAGAUUGACGUUUUACUCAAAAGUUGUUCCUCCUCUAAACCUUUUCUUGUGACUGUGAACUUGAGACUGUGAACCGAAGGGUUUUGUUUGUACCUCAGGGUAUCUUGAGUCACUCCGAACUUGUCAGGGGACUCCUCCAUCAGGGAUGGGGGCAUCUCAGUGCUGCUGCACAGCUCUGCUCUGCAACGGUGCUGCAGCUUUGCUGCAGAAAUGUGUGUUUGAUCAGUCUCAGAACGCCGUCACGUCCGCCCGUUCGGGCUGAAGUUUAACUGUGGAAGAAUUUACAAACGUUGCCCUUUUCACAAGAGCUAGAAACUGCACAUGUAGCAGAUGUUACCGGAUUGUUUUUGUGUGUUUUGAAGGACAUGUCCUCACUUUCAGUCUAACAGUUUUCCUUACUUCUCAUUUGAAUAAAAAAACCAACCAACCUCGUGCUCAUGCAAAUAAAGAGAAUAAAAGAAAGAUGUUGGCAGUACUUUGAGUGAAGCCU